AUGUCGGCCGCGGACAUUGAGCAGAUGAACAAGCUUCGCAAGAGCCUGGGCUUGCCAUUAUUGAACGUAAGUGGACAACCGCCACCUACAUCUGAAGGGCCAACAUUCAAAUCACAUUCUCCAAGCGAUGACGAAGGACAAAGCGACGACGAUGAUGGAGACGUUGCCUCCACACUCGAAACUCGUGAAGCCGCCGGAUUUGGCAAUUGGAAGGCCUUGCAAGAGGAGGAGAAACGGAAGAUUGCCAGAGAAAAGAGGAAAAAGGAAAUCCAGAGGGCCCGAGACGUCGCAGCCAGGGCGACGAAACUCGAAGGCAAAGGUUUAGGAGAGGCCGACGACGAUGGCGAUGUCGACGCGAAGGCUUGGUUGAAAGGCCAGAAGAAGCGCCAACAUAAGAUCGAACGGGAACGUGCUGAUCGCCUAGCCAGAGAAUUGGCCGAGCGAGAGGCGCAGGCAGCCAUCGUAUACUCCUCUAAAGAUCUUGCUGGUGUACAAGUUGCCCAUGAAAUCGGAGAUUUCGAAGAUGGAGAGUCCGAACAUAUUCUCACGUUAAAAGAUCAAGAGAUCGGGCAUGAAGACGAGAGUGAUCAAGAUGAUAUCCUGGAGAAUAGCGAUAUCGUGGCAAAAGACAAUCUGAAGGAGAAACUCGACUUGAAGAAAAAGAGGAAGGUGUACGAUGUCAAUGACGACUCAGAACAAGGUCUCCUCUCACAGUAUGACGAUAAGAAGCGAAAGGCCUUCACUUUGGACGGACAGGGGGCUACAAUCGAGGAACGGGAUGCUAAACGCCAGCAGAUCGGGGAGAAAUUGAAGAACAGCUUCAGUCUUGACGUAUUGAAGCCAGAUACGCAGUCCGACUAUAUGGAGAUCAAGAUCAAGAAACCUAAAAAGGAGAAGAAAAAAUCCAAGCGACAGAAAGCCGAAGAUGAAGAUGACAUUUUUCCUGUACAAUCAACUACAAACGGUGACGCUAUGGAUCUUGAUUCUGCUUCAGCCACAAUGGCUCCCACCACUGCGAAGACUCGAUUUUCGGAAGACAACUUCAACGACGACGACGAUCUUGCUAGCGCGCUGUCGAGAAGCAGACGGGCCGUUCUGAAGAAACAGAAGAGAAGACCAGAAGAUAUUAUUAAGCAGUUGAAACAAGAAGAAGAACAGGCAACUCCAGAAAUCGAGGCUGAAGGUGGGCUUGUGCUUGACGACACUACAGUCUUCCUCGACAAUAUCUCCUCAAGACCGAGAGAAGAAAUUCUCGAACGAACUGUGCAGAAAUCUGUAGAGCAAGCAGAAGCUGCGAGCCCUGAUGAAGAUCAGCCGAUGGGCGAGGCGUACAGUGGCAUUGAGAACGAAGCCGAGCUUUUGGACCGCUUACGUCGCGAACAAUCAACACAUACCCCAGAGGUCCCUCGCGCAGGACUGGAUGAGGAGAAAACAAUGGACCAAGGUUUAGGAGCCGCACUUAGUCUUUUGAGACAACGAGGGCUUGUCAAGGAGAGUGACUCUGGUGACAAAAAUAAGCUAUACAAGGACCGUCAACAAUUCAUAAUUGAGGCACGAUUACGAGAGAAUGAAGCGGAGACCCGGGCUCGAAUGCAGCGUGAGCGAGACCGACAAUCAGGGAAGCUGACAGGACUGUCGGUCAAGGAGCGAGAAGAGCAUGCUCGUUGGCAGAACACGCAGCGGGAACAUCAAACGUCGAUUCAGGCAGCAGCCGCCUUCAAUCGGGAGUAUAAGCCAGAUGUCAAUUUGAAAUAUAUCGAUGACGAUGGGCGGUCAAUGAACCAAAAGGAAGCGUUCAAGCAUCUCAGUCACCAAUUCCAUGGUAAAGGUAGCGGGAAGAUGAAGACGGAGAAGCAUCUCAAGAAGGUCGCUGACGAAAAGAAAAGAGAAUCCGCAAGUAUUCUCGAUAGCAGUAAAGCCACAGGUAUGAGCAAUGCUCAGGGUGCUAUGGGGAAAAAGAACAAGGAAGCUGGUGUCAGAUUGGGCUGA